AAACAUGCUUCGCUACGUAUAUAGUAGACACUACUGUGCAAUGUAGUCCAGCAUUGUCUCUUCAAGACCAUCUGUCCCUCCGCCAUCUUCCUAUCAUCACAUACCGGAUGAGAAGCGCCAGUAUCAGCCAAUCAUAUUUACUGGGCAGUUCAAUCCAUCAAAGCCAACCGAUAUUCACCAUGAACAAAGAGACAUCAGAAUAUCCACACCGACAGCUGCUCCCUAAAGUCUCCCUUGGGAAAGUAGGCCACACCCACUCUCCCGUCCAUGCUCCAUCCAAGCGCAGAUCAUUCGCGUGCACAAAUUGCCGGAGAAAACACAUUAAGUGCACUGGUCCUCCAUCCUGCGAAACAUGUGUUCAUUCUGGGCGAACUUGUGUAUUCGAGCCCUCUAAAGACCGACGAAGAAAAGAAGCUCUGCGACAUGCUGAAAAGGCAACAGAAAGAAUCUUCUUCGGUUGACGACAGUCUGGCAGAGCUGCAAGAGAUGACCCAC